GAAAGAUGGAUGGCAACUAUAAUAAUGUUGGUAGUGGCUGCCUCGGGUCCAGUUCGCAGAGUGGCGUGGCCGAGUAACAACGUGUGUGUGUAGUGCAGUGUGGUGCGAUAUAAUUUUUGAAAGAACACAAUGGACCAUUGAUUGUUGAAAAAAAAUUGAGAAUUUGUUAAGUGCUUCAAAAUGGAUGUCAAAUCUCAUCUCCUGUUAGUGGCUGGCGUGUUUUUAAGCGCUGUAUUCUGGUGUGAAGGCGCAAGAGACGCAACAUGUCCAAGAAUUUGUGGUCCAGCACUUCAAGGUGAACCGGUUUGUGCGACUGAUGGAUACAUAUACCCGUCGUUAUGUGAGAUGAGGAAGAAGACUUGUGGAAAAGGAGUAAGACUGGCCCCAGACCAAGGCAGCUGUUCGAGAGCCCAAGGGUCUAAAUGCGAGCACCGCUGCACUUCAGAAAGAGACCCUGUGUGUGGAACUAAUGGUCGCACGUACCUGAACAGAUGUAUGCUGCAAGUCGAAAUUUGCAGAGUUGGCAUCGGUCUCUCACAUUUGGGUGCGUGCAACAAUAUAAGUGCACAUCGUGAAAACUGCCCCGUCGAUUGUUCCCAAGCCCCACUCGACGGUCCCAUUUGUGGAUCAGAUGGGAACGUCUAUAAGAAUACCUGUCAGAUGAAGCUGUUCACUUGUGGGCAAGGUGUCGUCCGGACUAAUAAGAAGCAUUGUCAAACGACGCGCCACUGUCGUGAGUCCUGUUGGCGUGUUGCCAGACCCACCUGCGGCUCGGACGGCGUAUUGUAUGCCAACGCGUGCAGAAUGAAGGCGACCAACUGUGGUAAGCACGUGUUCGAAGUGCCCAUGGCGUUCUGUGUGUCCCAAGAGCGGACCUCUGGCGGUGAAUACUGUCCCACCGACUGCUCCGAUCAGAAAGAGAAGCUGGUGUGUGGCUCCGACGAGAGUAUCUACAGGAAUGAGUGUGAGAUGAAGAUGCUUAAUUGUGGCGUGAACAGCAGAAAAAUAGUAAAGAAGGUGGACAUGGAGAAAUGUAAGUCGAAGAUGAGCAAGUGUCUCAAAGUGAAGUGUCCGAGUGAGGGUGACCCUGUUUGCGGAACUGAUGCCAACGUGUACUACAACCCCUGUCAACUGAAAGUCGCUACUUGCCUCAAAGGAGUCCAGUUAGCACACUUCGGUAACUGUACUCUACUGCCGCGGCUCGAGACUGAUUGUCCAGAAAAUUGUGACAACGUUGUCGAACAACCUGUUUGUGGAUCAGAUGGAAAUGUUUACAAGUCACAAUGUGAACUCCGCCGUCUCACGUGUGGGCAGCACGUGGUCGCCGUUUCGGCGUCUCACUGUCGCACCACAGCCCUUUGCCACGAAGACUGCCCCGACACACCCUCCUUCGUCUGCGGAUCUGACAACCGAUUCUAUAAGAACGAGUGUAUUAUGAAGAAGGAGAAUUGUGGAAAACACGUUUAUGUCGUCCCAUUGAAGCGCUGCCUCUCUCGGUUCAAAUACGCGGGCUGCGCACGAGUCUGCCCACCCGAAUACGACCCUGUAUGUGGCACUGAUAACAAGACUUACUCCAAUAAAUGCUUCUUGGAGAUGGAGAACUGCCGAUCAAGGAGUUUCAUGCAGCUAAAACAUUUAGGAACGUGCACAGAGCCAAUCGCAGAGGAGCCUAAAAACUAUUUGUAUCGAUAAUUCAGUGUUCAUAAUCGCUUAUGGUAACACCAUUUUCAAUUAGUGCCAAUUCUUUUAGGAAUGAUUUUUAUGCUAUAGAUUAGGUAUUUGCACCUGGCAACUUCGAUUUCUUAUUUACAACUAUUUCGUGGGAUAAAAUUAAUAACAAUAACCAGAGAUACUCUGGGAAUAAAACAUUAAAAAAAAUAGACAUAAUGAAAGUUUCACCUUCUUGCAGUUACAAUAUUAACAAUAUUCUUCUGACUGGGAAAACCUGAGGUUCAAAUAUUAAACAAAUAUCUGACAAAGAAUUCGAAAUAUGCGACAGAAGAAAGUUUCUAAUUUCUGGUAUCAGUUAAAAAGCUUUAGAAAACUAAGAAUACAGCAUAAUUCAACAAAAGAUCGACGGACGAAUCCAUUUCCAGGUUAAAUUUAAAACGUUCUCGCAAGCUUGAACUCCAUCGUGUUGGUUAUCGAAACGAUAGCGUUUCUGUUCGGAUUGUAUUGUGACGCACUGUUUACAACACAUAUAACAAUCCGUUACACGGACAUUACGAAUCUCUCUAUUUGUUAAGAUAUUUGACAAAUAGAGAGAUAUAUCAUGCCAGUCCCUUCAUAAUUGUCGUCUUCCAUUCGUCUUUAUUAUUAAGUACAAAAUUAUAAUCUCCUUUACUCUCUACGUAAGUUCUAAGUAGUUAGCUUAUUCAAAUAUCGUCGCAUAAUUAUUAUAGGGUUUUCUUAAAAACUUGAGCCCAAAAGCCUAUUUCUAAAAGCUUUUUCGACACAAAGCUUAAAGAGACUCAAAGUUUUUUGGAAUUAAUUUUUUAAGAGCGCCGUUGGCAUAUAGAUUAAGAUUUCUGACUGUUUAUUUAUUGUUCUUAUUUAUUACGUAAUUUGUAAAUACUUUUAGGAUUAAAUAUGUACCCGACAACAUAACUGCUUGUUCGAUUAAUCGAUUUGUCUGGUAUUCCGUUAUAAAUAACGAAUGGCUUGAGUUUCAAUUGAGACCAAAUACAGUUCGUUGUUUAUAACUAAACCUGCACGGUUGCAUUUAAUAAACGCAUGCCUCUUAAGUACUUUAGCAAAUUCUAAUAGUUAUAGUCUGUGUAACGAUGUUUUAU